AUGGGGAACGAAGCGAGCCUCGAAGGCGGCGAAGGGGUGCUUGCUGGAUUACCGGAGGGGCUCGCACCGGACGGGAAAGGAGGCUUCAUUCGGACCUCCACGGGGGCACAGGUGGACCUGAGCCAACUCAGCGAGGAUGACAGGAAGCAACUCGCCGCGGCUAUGUCAAGGGCGCAAGCCAACAAGCCCGGGGGCGCGCCCGCUCGAAGGCCCUCGGAGGCAGAUGUUCAGCAGCGGCCCCAGCAGCCAGGAGUUGGACCCUCUGGUCGGCUUAGCAAGAGUCGCACCGUAGACGCGUUUGGAGAGGGCCCCACUGGCAGGCCGGCCCCUGGCCGCAGUCCCUCGUCCCUCAGCCUCUUAGAGUCCCGAUUUAGGCAGGAGCCUAAGGACUCGGAGAAGAAAACAGGCAUGUUUGGCUCCAGCUUCCUGAGUGGGGCCAACCCGCUUAACGCUGUCUCGUCCAUGACGUCCCAGGUGUCCUCUGGAAUGUCCUCCAUGUCCUCCGAGGUUACCUCCAUGGGCUCCGGGGUCAACAUGCCCUCAUUUGGCCUGUUUGACAAGGAAGAGAAGCCUGGAGAGAAGCCCCAAGGUGGGCCCCCAGGGCCGGGCAGCAAGGGCCCCCAGCAGGGGGGGCCAAGACCCCCUGGCCCCGGACAAGGGCCCAGACCCCCUGGGCAGCAAGGGCCCAGACCCACUGGUCAUGGACCCCCUGGGCAGCAAGGGCCCAGAACCCCUGGCCCCGGACAAGUGCCCAGACCCCCUGGGCAGCAAGGGCCCAGACCCACUGGUCAAGGCCCCCCUGGUCAGCAAGGGCCCAGACCUCCUGGUCAAGGACCCCCCGGGCAGCAAGGACCCAGACCCUCUGGUCAAGGACCCCCCGGGCAGAAAGGGCCCAGACCCCCUGGUCAAGGCCCCCCUGGCCAGCAAGGACCCAGAGCCCCUGUCUCCGGACAAGGGCACCCUGGGCAGCAAGGACCUAGACCCCCUGGCCCCGGUCAAGGGCCCCCUGGGCAGCAAGGACCCCCUGGCCCCGGUGCACAGCCAGGCGGGCCAGCUAAAGCUGGGGGUCCCCCUGGUCCACAAGGCCCUGGUAAACCACCUGGAGGUGGGCUGUGUCCGCUGUGCAAGAGUACCCAGCUCAACGUGGGCUCCAAGGAGCCGCCCAACUACAGCAACUGUACCAUGUGUAAGAACCAGGUCUGCAGCCUAUGUGGAUUCAGCCCCCCAGACUCGGAGGGCAAAGAGUGGCUGUGUCUCAACUGCCAGAUGCAGAGGGCUAUGGGGGGUAUGGAUGACCCUCCUAUGAUGGGCAGGGGCUCUGCCCCUCCUUCACCCUCAAGGAAAGACCCUGACAAAGAUGGCAAGAAGCCCAAUCUACUGAUUAAGCAGCAGAGCAUCUCCGACAGAGGCUUAACCCCUCCAACCACGCUCAAACAGAAAUCCCCCGGCCCAUCUUCCCCGAAAGGCAGCCCCCAGCCCUCACCGGCCAAAGGUAAACAGGAGUCCAGCUUCUUCGGGGGCCUGGGGGGCAUCAGCCUAGGGGGGCUCACCGACGUGGCCAAGCCUCCAGUCGCUGCCUCCCAGGCGGCCGAGUCCAUCACGGGAACAAUGUUCAGUGGCUUUGGUGGGUUCACUGGAUCAGCCAAACCUGAUCGGGCCAAAGCCGCUGCUGGUCCCCAAAAAACAGCAGAGUCAGUGACGGGAAAGAUGUUCAGCGGGUUCGGUGGUUUUACAGAGACAGCCAAGCCCCCGGCGGCUGCCUCCCAGAUGUUUGGCUUUGGCUCGUCCAUUUUGAGCUCGGCCACCAACCUCAUGACCACCGACUCUGUGGACUCUGUGGAUGAGAAAGCUGGUUCUCCUGCCGAUUCUCCUGCCGGUUCUCCUGCCGGCUCUCCCCCAGACUCCCCCUUCUCUGCCCCCUGUUCUCCCCUCGGUUCUCCCCCGGACUCUCCCUUCUCCGCUCCCGGGUCUCCCCCCGACUCAGACAGGCCUGACACCCCGCCUGCCUCCAAGAAGGCCCCCAAACGUGUCGUCUCCCUGCUGAAGGACCAAAAGUCCAUAGAAGCAGAUCCCUCCGUGGAGCCUCUGAAAGCGGGGGAGCCGCUUACUAUGGCAACAGGCUCGGGGGCCCAGGAAAACUGCCCUCUGUGUAAGGUGGAGCUGAACGUUGGAUCAGCAGACCCCCCUAACUACAGCAACUGCACUGAGUGCAAGAAGAGUGUGUGCAACCUGUGUGGCUUCAACCCCACACCUCAUCUUGGUGAGAAAGAAUGGUUAUGUCUCAACUGCCAGACCCAAAGAGCUCUCUCUGGCCAGCUGGGCGAUAUGCCCCCUCCACCAUCUCCUGUGAAGAAGCAACUACCCACACCUACCCCUACCCCUCCUGCCUCCCCUGCCAAUGUCCCUGCCUCCCCAGCUGCUGCUGCUGCUGCCUCUCCAUUAGCAAGAAGCCUCUCAGUCACUCAGGCAGAGGCAGCAGCAGCAGCAAAGGAAGACACCCAGCCGCUUCCCAUGUCCAAGGUAGUAGCAGAACGCACCCCGCCCCAAACACCAGACGCUGCGUCUGCAAACACAGACACCACACCCAUCCCACCUGAGCAUGCCACCCCUCCCCCUGAUAGUGUCCCAGAGGAGAAAGAACCAGAGCAGGCUGAAACGAUGGAAGCUAUAUCUGAGACUAUACUGGAUGAGCCUGUGCCAGAGAGUGUAGUGGAGAGUACUGUCGAGGCCCCGGCAGUGGAGAAAGACCCAGAGCAGGCUGAAACGAUGGAAGCUAUAUCUGAGACUAUACUGGAUGAGCCUGUGCCAGAGAGUGUAGUGGAGAGUACUGUCGAGGCCCCGGCAGUGGAGAAAGACCCAGAGCAGGCUGAAACGAUGGAAGCUAUAUCUGAGACUAUACUGGAUGAGCCUGUGCCAGAGAGUGUAGUGGAGAGUACUGUCGAGGCCCCGGCAGUGGAGAAAGACCCAGAGCAGGCUGAAACGAUGGAAGCUAUAUCUGAGACUAUACUGGAUGAGCCUGUGCCAGAGAGUGUAGUGGAGAGUGCUGUUGAGGCCCCGGCAGUGGAUCAUCCAGAGAGUAUGCCAGAAAAAGUUACAGAAGAACAGUCACCACCCGACACUACUCAGGCAGAAUCAGAUUUCCAGCCUGCAGUUGUAGAGGAGCCUGUCAUUGCUCCCCCUGUAGAGAAUGAGUCAGAAAAGCCUGUUGAGGCAGCACCCGAGCCAACUCCAAGCCCAGAUACAGUGCAGAGUGAGUCUACAGCAGAGGAGAUCUCACCGGCUCCCUCUGCAGGUAGUGAGAAAGAGGAGCCCAUCCUAGAGGAGGUUCUUGAAGAGGAAGCUAAGCCGGUAGAGCCAGAGGUGAUUCCAACACCUGAAAUGGUCACACAGGAAACUACUGUCCAACCUGACCAAUCACCAGAGCCUGUACCGCCAGCUCCUGUAGUCACUGAGGAGGAAGGGAAAGCAGUGGUGAUUGAGGAAGAACCUAGCCAGCCACCUAAAGCUGAGGAGACAGCUCCUACAACUCCUGCAGUCACCGAGCAGCAGGAGAAACCUAAAGAGCCAGAGCCUCAAGCAACUACUGUUGAACAGCCUCCAACUGAGGUGUCUUCAGUACAUACAGGUCCAGUAGCAGAGAGUUCAGCUGUGGAGACGGCUGUGGAGACUAAGAUGCCAGAGGUGGCUCCUGCUCCACCAGUUAAGGUUGUAGAGAAUUCGGCCUCAGCUCCCGAAGCUCCUAAUGAGCCGGUAAAGGAUUGUGCAUCUCCCAAACCAGCAGAGCUAGAGCCUGUGCCUUCACAAAAAGAGGAGGUGCCACAUGCGGUAGAAGAAACUCCCCCUGUAGUUGCUGAGAAUGAACAGCCUAAAGAGGUAGAGACCGUUCCACAAACUGAGGCAGUUGAGUCUGUAGCCCCAUCUCCUCCUCUAAUUACUGAUAAAGUUGAGGAGAAGCCUGUGGAGAAGGAGGCAGAGCCAAUUCCGCCAGCCCAAGUUGAGGAGAAGCCUGUAGAGAAGGAGGCAGAGCCAAUUCAGCCAGCCCAAGUUGAGGAGAAGCCUGUAGAGAAGGAGGCAGAGCCAAUUCAGCCAGCCCAAGUUGAGGAGAAGCCUGUAGAGAAGGAGGCAGAGCCAAUUCAGCCAGCCCAAGUUGAGGAGAAGCCUGUAGAGAAGGAGGCAGAGCCAAUUCAGCCAGCCCAAGUUGAGGAGAAGCCUGUAGAGAAGGAGGCAGAGCCAAUUCAGCCAGCCCAAGUUGAGGAGAAGCCUGUAGAGGAGGCAGAGCCAAUUCCGCCAGCCCAAGUUGAGGAGAAGCCUGUAGAGAAGGAGGCAGAGCCAAUUCAGCCAGCCCAAGUUGAGGAGAAGCCUGUAGAGGAGGAGGCAGAGCCAAUUCCGCCAGCCCAAGUUGAGGAGAAGCCUGUAGAGAAGGCAGAGCCAAUUCCGCCAGCCCAAGUUGAGGAGAAGCCUGUAGAGGAGGCAGAGCCUAUUCAGCCAGCCCAAGUUGAGGAGAAGCAUGUAGAGGAGGAGGCAGAGCCAAUACCGCCAGCCCAAGUUGAGGAGAAGCCUGUAGAGAAGGAGGCAGAGCCAAUACCGCCAGCCCAAGUUGAGGAGAAGCCUGUAGAGAAGGAGGCAGAGCCAAUACCGCCAGCCCAAGUUGAGGAGAAGCCUGUAGAGAAGGAGGCAGAGCCAAUUCCGCCAGCCCAAGUUGAGGAGAAGCCUGUAGAGGAGGCAGAGCCAAUUCAGCCAGCCCAAGUUGAGGAGAAGCCUGUAGAAAGUGAGGCAGUAGUAAAGAAAGUACCAGAGGCUUCUCCUGCACCUCCUGCUGCUGAACGAGAAAACGUUAGCCCUGAGAGAGAUUACGAAAGGACAGAGUCAGAAACAGGGGUUGAACCCAGCCCAGAAGUCAAAGCCGACAAGUCAGUUUCACCAUCCCCUUUUGAGAAAAAAGUCCCUGAACAGCUCCCAGAACCCGAACCACAAUCAGCUAAAGUUGAUCAGAUCCCACCUCAGGAGGCUGUAGAAGCUCCAGCACCAGUAGUAGAAAAAAAGACAGAUGAAACUGAAACUGAGGCUGGAGCAGAACGUGUAGGUCAGAAAGACGAAAAUCUGACAUCUGUGGAUACAAAGGUUGAACCAGAGCCAACAGCAGAUAAUAAGGCUGAAAAAGCCCAGGAUGAGUCUACUCCCCCUGCUUCUGAAGCUAAAGAGCAAGAAAAGGUCAAAGCAGAGCACUUAGAACGAGCUAUAGAGACAGCGUCACUAUCAUCUGCUGCUAGUGAGCCACAAGCCCCUGAGAACGUUUCUGAGGAGAAACCCACACAGGAAGGGAAAGAAGCUGGCAGCAUAGCUGAAAAUAAACAAGAGGUGUCUAUAGCUGAGAGUAGAGAGCCAACUCCUACUGUGUGUGAUGAGAAAGCAGUGCAAGAGAAAGAAUUAUCCAAAGAUGAAUCCGAGCAAACUCCAAAGACAGACUCUGUGUCUGAGAGCAUUCAGCCAGAGAAAGAGAAAGUGGUUGUGUCACCACCUGUAGUUAGUGAAAAGCAGGAACCUAUUUCAGUAUCAGAGGUGAAAGCUGUGAGUGACAGAGAGGGCAGCGUAGAAGACCAAACAACACCAGAGCAGACUAAAACAUCUGAAACUGUAUCUGAAAAUGUGUCUAUUGCCCCAGCCCCUGUAGUAGAACCUGACACCCUAGUCCCUGUAGUUGGUGAACAGGACGAAGACAAAUCCCUGAAUGAAGAGAAGUCAAUGCCUGAAAUUCAAGGGAUAAUAGAGGCUGAACUGGAUGCAGUUGGAGAGGCAACGCUGAAAGACCCUGAAGAAAAAAACACAGUCGCCAAGGAUAUCAGUCCCACCAGCCCCUCAGACCUUGCCAAGCUGGAGAGCACUGUCCUUCCCAUACUAGAGGCCCAGGCUACACAACCAAAGGACAAUUCAGACAAACUGACCGACUCACUCAAGACCAGACGCAAACUUGUGGUGCUACCCCUCUCACCUGAAUCUCCCAGCACAGAGGAUGACCCAGAAUUCUCAGAGAAGAAGGACGCCUCAGCAAAGAAAAAGCUGCUGGUGCCGACAGACAUCAGGGGUGACUCGUUGGAGGACAGCAGUGAGAGCUUAGGGAAAGAUAGUCCCGUGUCAGGGGAUGAUGAAGACUUAAUUCGUAAACAGAUCAUGGAGAUGAGUGAGAACGAGGAUGCUUCGCCGUCCGACGAAGAAAACCUCAUCCGGCAAAAGAUCCGAGAUCAUGAGAGGAAACGAUUGGAGCAGGAGAAAGGGGAGGUGAAGGAGAGAAGCGCAAUGGCAAAAGGCAGGCGGCUCCUCAAGAAGAACACCAUCAGCCCUGAGGACGAAGAUGAGCAGAAAAUCUCACUGGAUACACCUGACAAGGCAUGGAAAGAGGGAUCGGAACCCAAAGUCUCAGACUCUCAGGAAGGGGAACAGCCUUCGGCAGAUAGAGUUGUGGCAGUACGCCAAUUCAGAACCAUCGAGCUCAACACGACUACCAACCCUGUGCGCAUACCGGGUACGUCAGAUGAUGGAGAGCUUGAGAUGGAAAGCCUCACCAACUCCCCUGAUGAUCGCUCCAGGGGCGAUGGGUCCUCCAGCCUGCACGCAUCCAGCUUCACCCCUGGUACAUCGCCUACAUCCCUGUCCUCUUUGGAUGAGGACAGUGACAGCAGUAGUCCCAGCCGCAUGCACAGUGGCGAGGGGAAACAGCACAGGAAAGCGAAGCAUAGACAACAAGGCCAAGGUCUACCCACCAUCGAAGACUCUUCUGAGGAAGAGGAGUUACGAGAGGAGGAGGAGCUGCUAAGAGAACAGGAGAAGCAGAAAGGCUCUGGGAAGAAGUCGAAGAAGGACAAAGAGGAGAUCCGAGCUCAGAGGAGGCGGGAGCGUCCCAAAACGCCGCCCAGCAACCUCUCUCCCAUUGAAGAUGCCUCCCCGACAGAAGAGCUGAGGCAAGAGGCAGAGAUGGAGGAGUUCAGGCGAUCAUCCUUAUCCGAUUUCUCUCCCAGCAUCGAGUCAGAACCAGAGGGAGUUGAUAUCAAUGCUGCAAAGAUUGCAGCAGUACAGAAAGUAUACCAACUUCCUACAUCUGUUUCUCUCUACUCUCCAACAGCUGAUCAAGGUGCUAAUAAAAGCCCUGAAAAACGAGCCCUGAAAACUGCAGACGAAGCCUACGAAGAGAUAAUGCUAAAGGCUAAAACACCCACAAGGGAAAAGGUGGACACCCCUCCAGGGAAAGAGUCCCUCUAUGGUGGGAUGCUGAUAGAAGAUUAUGCCUUUGAGUCCCUUGUUGAUGGAAAUGGAAAGAAAGUCCAGCAGCAGGAGCCUGAGAAAAUCUCAGUGCCAGCUCAGCCCAAAAUACUGAGAUCUCCAGAUGAGGUUUACGAAGACAUGAUGGAGAAGAAGAAAGAAUUCAUGCAGCUGGAGCAGGAACUGAAAAAAGCACAGUCCGUGUCAGAUAGACCCACACCAGAGAUUGUAUUGCAACCCACUGAGCCAACCAGCUCCAGGAGUGUUACAGUUACUAUAGGCAAGGAUGGGAAACCACUGCUCGAUGCUGAGGCUGCGUAUGAGGAACUCAUGAAGAAAGUUCUGACUCCUGGGACUAGCCCGACACAGCAGGGUCCUGAUAUAUCUGGGGCGGCCCCUGGUGGUGAGUUCGAAGGUACUGAAUCCAGAAGGGCUCUGCGUCCCAUACCAGACCUGAGGGUUACACAGUGCUCCUCAGGGGAGGAGGACGCUGAUGAAGAGGCCACUGAGACCAAAAGUCAAGAUAAGCCAAAGACUUCAUCAGACAAUCCUAAAGCUGAUCAGGCACCCUUAACAGCUGCUGCAGAAACUGAGUCCAAAUCAGUUGCUUGCAAGGUCCCCCCAUCAACAACUUCAGACCAACCACAGACCCACAUUGAAUCUUCCCAGACUGACCAGCCUCUGGACAUAACCCAACAGGAUGUCAUGGACUUGUCUAGUAUGAAGUCCUCAGCCCCUGCUGUUGCCAGUGUAUCGCCCUUACCCACCGUCCCUCAGUACACCCCCACUGUCCACAGUGUAGUGUCAACCACCCCACCAGUGCCCCCCAAACCAGCCAUCCUGCACAGGGCUCUGUCUCAGGAAAAAGCAGAUAUUCCUGAACCCCCUCCACUGCCCCCUCCCACCAUGCCAAAGCCAUCGGUUUACCCCAGGAAACCCCCUGUACCGCUUCCAUCUCAGGCUAUAAUCAGGUCAGAACAUGUUGCCAUGACAACAGCCCAAGGGUCGCCGGUAAGACAGCCUCAUGUCCCCCCACCGGUUCCUCCAAAGCCAGCCAUCCCUGCUGGAAUGGGGUACAGCCACAGGCCAGGGGAAAACGUUAAACCACCCAUUGCUCCAAAACCUGUCUCUCAGCCUGGCUCUCCUGCCCACAUCCAAUAUCCAAGACCCACUGCCCUCCACACAGGCCAUGCUGAUAUAGCCCUGAAUCUGAGCCCCUCAGCUGAAAGCAGGCCAGGUCACUUCUCAGGUCAUUCCUCGGGUCACUCCUCGGGUCACCCAUCCCCCACUUCUCCGCGAUACGGCAAUCGACACGAAACUUAUGUGGUUAUAACUCUGCCAUCCCAGCCCAGCUCUCCAGUGGAAGGGAUCACCACCCAGGCCCCAUCCAGUCCAGGUCCAGCAUCUCCCUCAAGACAUGCCCAACCUCCACCUCAACCUCAAACACAGUAUCAACCACAACCUCAACCCCAGAAACAACCACAGGCACCUCCACCACACACAAAUAGGGUGCCCCUGGCAUUCACUCGCAUCACUGAGUCCAUGGAAAGUCAAGAGAUAUGUGGACCAGAGAAAGUUGUGUCAAGCUCCUGUCAUGUCAUUGAGGCUAUUUCAGCAUCCGCUCCACCCCCAGAGGUCAGGUUAGGGCAGGUCACUCAGUUUGUGACGACAGAAGUUCAAAGAACCAUGGUGUCUGUCCGACACGAAAGGUCGCCGCCCCCACCUCCAGCCCCAAGAGCGAACGGUGUUCCAAUCUCACUGGAGAAACCUAAACCACAACAGACACAGAGUCCACAGGGCUACCAGCCAGGGGAGGUAGUAGACCUUCGUACCAUGAAGGUGAAUUCAGAAUCGGGCAUGAAAGUGGUGGAUCUGUCUUCGUCAGAUGUUAGACGUCAGUCCUUGGCCACAGACAUCAACGGUCAUCAGACAAGCGCAGUGCAGUCCCUAGUGGUGAAUCUCAGCACUGAGUCGACCAGUGUUUCCAUAGUGACUGACAGCAUCACCAUAGUUACAUGUGCUGCCACCAUACAAAGUUACGAAAAUACCAACAUAUCCCAAGUCCCUUCUCUGCCCCUUCAGCUUACAACCACAAACAAAGCCUUCGAGCCUGUUUGUCAGAUCAUCUAUCGGCCCAUUGAUGCACAGCCCACAACCAGCAACAAUGCUGAGAUCCCGAUGAACCUUUCUGUAGGACCUGGCACAGGCUUAGGGACAUUCCAGACACCUGUCACUAUCGCCCCUACCCCUGCCCCAGGGUGUGUGGCUAAUGGUCUGAGCAGCGGGAUGCCGACAGUAGCGGGUGCGGUGGACCUUAGCACAGCCAAACCCUUCAACACCGUGGUUUCGGUCGACGCUUCCUCCGCAGAAGUGGUCAUGGCUGUGAUCACAGAGGAGGAUGGGAAGCCCGUGGACCUGACGGCUGGGAGAAGAGCCAUCUGCUGUGAUGUUGUCUACAAGCUGCCAUUUACAGGUAGCUGCACCACCCAGCAGCCCACUACUCCAUUGCCCGAAGACCGCUUCGGCUACCGAGACGACCACUACCAAUACGACCGCUCACCCUACAACAUGAGGGGCUUCGGUGGCAUCAAACCCUCCAUGUCCGACACCAAUCUGGCUGAGGCUGGGCUUUUCCUCUAUAAGAGCAAGAACAGUUACAAUUUCCAUGGCACCACAGAGGGUGCAGUAGACCUGACAUCCUCCAAGACAUCUGAUGCAGGUGUAGCUUUGGACUUCUCCACCAAAGGCUCAGGGUUAUAUUCAGGAAUGAUAAUCCCCCCAUAUUCCCAAGCCAGAGUCAAAGGAGCUGUUGGGACACACUUUGGCACGAGCAGUGUCCUGAGAUCCUCCAAUGGGGUGGUGUACUCUUCAGUCUCAGUACCAAUCCCAUCCACCUACGCCAUCACCACACAACCUGGGUCCAUAUUCAGCACCACUUACAACUCCCUGUCAGCAGGCAUGCACACCAGCGACACCAUGCCAUCCCUGUCCACUCUCCAGAACCAGCCCAUGACUCGGUCCCACAGCUUCAUCUCCACCACCUCUGCAGACGAUCAAGGGGACGUCCCCCUCAACCUGGAGCUCGCUAAAGAUGGCAUAUCCACCUCCGCGGCCCUCACCACCAAAACGGUCACCCUGGCCCUGGAAAGGCUGGACUCGUACACGGACGCGUCCCUGGAGGCUAUCGCCGCCUCGCUGGAGGCCCUGUCCUCGCCCUGUGUGCCAGGGGAGGGCCAGUACCAGAUGCAGCGUGAGAUUCUGGAGAUGGAGAAGUUCAAACAGCAGCGGUUAGCUGAAGAACUGGAGUGGGAGCGUCAGGAGAUCCAGCGCUUCCGCGAGCAGGAACAGAUGCUGGUGCAGAAGGAGCUGGAGGAGCUGCAGUCCAUGAAGCAGGCCAUCCUGUGCCAGCAGGAGGAUGAGCGCCAGGCCCACUUCAUGAUGCAAAAGGAAACCUAUGCCCAGCAGCAGCAGCAGCUAGAGCAGAUCCAGAGGCUCCAGGAGCAGCUCCGAGCACAACUGGAGGAGCAGAAGUUCCGGAAGAUGUACCCGGGGGAGGUGUUGCUGGGGCAUGGCCAGCAGGAGGCAGUCGUCCUGGGGCCGGACGGCACCGAGCUGGCCCGGAAAAUCAUGGAUAGUGGGUGCCAGACGGACGACGAGGACAGUGUUGUCGAUAAAGCCUACACGGCGGGGAGGAAGAAGAGAAGCACGGCCAAGAAGAGCGUAGACAGCUGCGUGCAGACGGACGAUGAGGACCAGGAGGAGUGGGAGCCUGCUCGGGCCAGACGUAGCAGGCCUCGCACGUCAAGGGGGGACAGAGGCGGACAGACUUCCGAUAUGUCCAUUCAAGCUCACUCUGAGAUCUCCAUACAGACGGACUCUGCAGGGAAUGUAAGAAUGGACGCCAGGAUGGAGCUCUCCGACUCGGAAAGUCCACAAUGGGAAGACAAGAGACGGCCCACGCCCUUGGAGAUAGAACAGUCUGGCCACCUCAGAGCUGACCCCUCCUCACUUCAGGCCCCGCCCAAAUCCCCCAAUGUUCUCUACUCCCCCAUAUCCCCCUGCAUAUCCCCGAGCAAAUCCCUUGAGUUUGUGUCCUAUGAGAAAUCACUGGGUGAUACAAGCCCACAGAGAAUAAGAGGGAGUACUGAUCCGACCAAAGUCUCUCCAAUCGGCAGCCCCAAGGGACCUAAGGCCAUGCAGAGAUCCAUGUCCGACCCCAAGCCCAUGAGUCCCACUGGAGAGGAGAGGGCAUCAUCCAGUUUCCAGUAUGGCGACGGUUACUCUGGCAAAAGCUCGUCGGGCAGCACACCAACUGGCACCGGCAAGAAGGUGAAGAGGACCCUCCCCAACCCGCCCUCGGAGGAGGAGGCAACAGCCGCCGGCCAGACGGCCAACAGCACAGGCUCGGCCCGCCGUCGCAUGUGCCGCAACACCAACAUGGCGAGGGCCAAGAUCCUGCAGGAUAUUGACCGUGAGCUGGACAUGGUGGAGCGUGAGUCGUCCAAGCUCCGCCACAAGCAGGCGGAGCUGGACGAAGAAGAGAAGGAGAUCGACGCCAAGCUACGCUACCUGGAGAUGGGCAUCAACCGCAGGAAAGACGCCCUCCUCAAGGAGAGGGAGAAGAGGGAGCGGGCCUACCUGCAGAGCGUGGCCGAGGAUCGUGACUACAUGUCAGACAGUGAGGUCAGCAAUAUCCGGGAGACACGGAGCGGCCGUGGCAGUGGAGAAGAUGAAGAGAUGGGAAGUCACGGGCUGGAGCGCCCCAGGACGGCACCCCAGUCAGAGCUGGAUGAUUUUGUGCCACCACAGACCACACACGAGGCCCAGUACGGCACGUACUCCCAGUACCAGUACCCACUGAGCCAGACGCUGUACCAGCAGCAGUCACUCUACCAGUCCCCCCAGCCCUACCAGUCUCAGUCCAUCUACUCCUCAGUCCCCUCCCUGGCUAGCUCCCAGCAGCAGAGCUACCACCAGAUGCUCCUUCUCCAGCAGAAGGCAGCCAGGCAGGCGGCCCUGAUCCAAGAGUUGGACGCGUCGUCAAAGUACGAAGUCAUCAGCCGACAGCCCGACCCCGUGUCCUCUGCCUACAUGGGAGGGGUCAGGUACGACAAGUACGGUAACCACUUGGACCUCCGGGCCCUGGAGGUGGGGGGCAGUAUGGCUGGCAGCCCCAUGUCCAACGUGUCGGCCGACUCCUUCUAUGGAGACGUGGAGCACCACCACCACAGUCCACGAAGCUACAUCCUCCUAGAAGAUGCGGCAGAGCUGGCCAAGAGCUCCACGAGUCUGGCUUCAUCCAGCUACGCCCAGGCCGAGAAGGAGUUGGCUAAGGCAGAAAGGCUGUUGCGAAGAAGUGCAGCCGACUUGACCUCCACCGACUACCUGGGCUCCAGCUCCAGGCUCCACUCCGGGUAUGGAAAGACCCCAGACGAUGAGGACUCCAUGGACGACCCCUACGAGCUGAAGCUCCUCAAGCAGCAGCUGAAGCAGGAGUUCCGGAGGAGCACAGGGGGAACAGAGAGCCUGGACCCGCUGACGGGUCUCUCCCACAACUACUACGGCACCCCCAGCUCGGGUGUCUCCUCCUCCCAGAGUUACUCCCAAAGACACUACCCCAAGACGGAGAAAUACAGCAUCAGCCGGCUGACCCUAGAGAAGCAGGCAGCCAAGCAGCUCCCAGCGUCCAUGCUGUACCAGAAGAACAAAGCCCCGCUGACCGACCUCAAAGUCUCCAAGUACUCCUCGAUGCAAGACAGCAGGAGUCUGGAGACAGACUAUACCAGCUAUUUAGGGUCCAGUAACGUUAGCGCCUCUCCCAGAUCCAGCCGUCUCCUUCAGGACGAGAUCACCUUUGGACUACGCAAGAACAUUGCAGAGCAGCAGAAGUACCUGGGCUCCACUUUGGGUGCCAACCUGGCUGGCUCGCUCAACUUCGGCCAGAGCCUGGCCUUGGACUCGACUUCCUACCCCAGUGGCAGCCGGUCACGGCCCUCUUCUAGGCCCAACUCCGUCUAUGGCCUGGAUCUCUCACUCAAACGGGACCUAUCCAGUUCCUCUUUGAGGCUCAAGGGGGACGGCGAGGCGGCCUCAGACAGCUACCAGAUGCCAUCAGGGCGUGCCAAGCCCACCAGCCUGCCCAUCGUGCAGGGCGGCCGGGGGCGCAUCCCCAUCGUGGCACAGAACUCUGAGGAGGAGAGCCCGUUGAGUCCUGUGGGCCAGCCUAUGGGCAUGGCGCGGGCGUCGGCGGGGCCCCUGCCGCCCAUCUCGGCCGACUCACGGGACCAGUUUGGUUCGUGCCUCUCCCUGCAGGACUCCCAGCAGCAGCAGCACCUGAGGGACGAGCCAACGAGGGGGCGGGGCUACGUCUUGAGGGACGACCUCCAGUGCACUAUGUCGGACGGCGAAGCCUACCACCUACGGCGAGAGGAAACGGACUGGUUUGACAAACCACACGAGGGACGACCAGAGAACGGACAAGGGCCGGACAGGAGACAGGUGACACCCACGCACCCACGCACCCACGGCACAAGUCAUAAAUUUCCUGUAUGUGUCUCUCAGGGGAAGGGUGUUUACUACCCCUUUCCUCACACCAGAGUCAAACUGCAGAGGGAUCCCAAGGACCGCAGCGUGUCAGGGAAUGGAUUGGGUAUCAGAGUGGUGGGAGGUAAAGAGGUUCCAGGGACCAACGGAGACAUCGGAGCCUACGUAGCUAAAGUCUUACCUGGAGGAGUUGCCCAACAGACUGGGAAGAUACUAGAGGGAAUGCAGGUGCUGGAGUGGAACGGGCUUCCUCUGACGGGGAAGACCUACGAGGAAGUGCAGGGGCUUGUGGUACAGCAGUGUGGCGAGGCAGAACUCUGCGUGAGACUAGAUCUGAACAUGCUGGCUGACUCUGAGGGCUCUCAGCACCUUGAUCUCCCGGACCAGAGCAAACCAGGUGACAGACCCCCCAGGUCUCCGGGGGUGGAUCCGAAGCAGCUGGCUGCAGAGCUACAGAAGGUGUCCCAGCAGCAGGCUCCUCCACCUACCACCGCCACAUCCUCCUCCUCCACGACGGGGGGAGAGAAAGGACCCCACUCUGCCAUCUCAGGCGCCGCCUCGGCCGCCUCUAGCGCCAUCCAGAGUCCGGGCCAGCCGGGGUCGCCCUCCGUCAGCAAGAAACGCCACAGCAGCAAGUCUGCGGACGCAGUGAAGACACAAUCCCACCCUGUUACUGGAGAGAUACAGCUUCAAAUCAACUAUGACAAGCAGCUGGGGAACCUGAUUGUUCACGUGCUCCAAGCCAGGAACCUGGCCCCCCGAGACAACAACGGCUACUCCGACCCCUUCGUCAAAGUCUACCUCCUACCUGGGAGGGGUCAGGUCAUGGUUGUCCAGAAUGCCAGUGCUGAGAAUAAGAGGAGGUCAAAACAAGCUGGCCAGAGUCUGAACCCAGAGUGGAACCAGACUGUUAUCUAUAAGAACAUCCACCUGGAACAGCUGAGGAAGAAGCUGCUGGAGGUGAGCGUGUGGGACUACGACAAGUGCUCCUCCAACGACUUUCUGGGAGAGGUGUUGAUGGACCUGUCCAACACAGCUAACAUGGAUAACGUCCCACGCUGGCUCCCUCUGAAGGAACAGAGUGAGGGAGAGCACCACCGGCGCUCCCUUUCAGCACAGGGGCGCCAGCACUCCCCCAAGCCGUCGGUCAUCAAGAGCCGGAGCCACGGGAUCUUCCCUGAUCCAGCCAAGGACACGCAGGUGCCCACUAUUGAGAAAUCUCACAGUAGCCCCGGCACAUCGAAGCCUUCCCCGUCCGAGGGCCACAGCCAACAUACGCCACGUGCGGCUCCACGUGCGGCACCUCGCAAAAGUGCAAGGCAACACCAGCAGGAUGGCGACGGCGGUGUCGCUGUAGCAACGGGUGAAGCUCCGGCUCCGCAGCAACAGCACCGCCUCCAACCAAUCUCCUACCCCCCAGCCCAAAGAGGCCGCCUCUCCCUGAGGCACCACAGACACACCAUAGUGGGCGUGCUCACCAUUCAGAAAGCCCAAUCCGAUUCGCUCCCCGCCCCGCCGGGCCCGGCAGCAUCAGCCAAUAGGAGCCAAGCAGACGGCAGACACAUGACCUUCAGGAAAGCCAUGUCUGAAGAGAGGCCACAGAGGGAAGGAGCACAGCCCGGCAGGUCCGGCGACGCUCCGGUAACAGCCGCCUCAUUGGACAGCGGUCUGAGUGGCAGUGCUUACAGCCUAUUGGAGGAUGAGGGUGGGACUAAUGCCGUGGACAGUGCCAUCUUCCAGGUCCCUCGGUUUGGGAAGAUUCCAAAUGGCACAGACGUGAUGAUGUCACCAAUGGGCCAUAUGGACUCUGAGGGUAAGACCCAGGUAAUGGGAGAGAUCAAGAUAGCUCUGAGGAAGGAGCUGAAGACAGAGGGAGACCAGCUGGUGUUGGAGAUUCUUCAGUGCAGAAACAUCACCUACAAGUUCAAGUCUCCAGACCACCUGCCAGACCUCUAUGUGAAGCUGUAUGUGGUGAACAUUGCGACCCAGAAGAGGAUCAUCAAGAAGAAGACCCGGGUAUGUCGUCACGACCGCGAGCCCUCCUUCAACGAGACCUUCAGAUUCUGCAUGAACCCCACCGGCCACUCUCUGCAGCCCCAUCUCUCUCCCGCCUCUAGCCCCAUCUCUCUCCCCAUCGCUCUUCCCGCCUCUAGCGCCAUCGCUCUUCCCGCCUCUAGCGCCAUCGCUCUUCCCGCCUCUAGCGCCAUCGCUCUUCCCGCCUCUAGCGCCAUCGCUCUUCCCGCCUCUAGCGCCAUCGCUCUUCCCGCCUCUAGCGCCAUCGCUCUUCCCGCCUCUAGCGCCAUCGCUCCCCUUCUCAAGCCCCAUCUCUCCCCCUCUAGUCAAAUCACACAGCCACGGUAG